AUGAGCUAUACUUACCCUAGCCGUGUCGGGUGAGUAUGGUGAGAGUUCCAUCAAAUGCAUACCAUAGUGAUCAAGGUACGACCAUGUGAAGUUAGCUUUGUGAGGGGCUCCAUUUUCAGUAUGUAACUGGAUUUCGGACCGACUAAAUAUCUGUGCAGUUGACUGGAUACGGAAGAUAACCGUUGUAAAAACUGAAGUUAUGUAACUUGUGGAAGUGAAUGUAGCCCGUCGCGCGUUGCAUCGACAACAAAAGGCCCCUGAAGAUUGACGACAAUUGUGAACAUCAUCAUUCUUGCACGGAAUCUGUUUUCAGGACGUCUAGCGUAGUUCAUGAUCUUCGGUCAACCACACCGUGUUGGAACGUUUUCAUGUUGAAGAAAAGAAAUCCAACACUUGUCACCAGUAACAACAUAAAAACUCUUGUGGCCAUUUGGUUCAAGAUCUUGCAACCAUUUGAAGAAGACAUUCACCCUUUGUUCCCUUUCCUCUUUUCUCAACUGGUACGGAACCGGUCUUACACUCUUCAUGAACCGACCCGGCUGAUCAUGGACUUUGGAAUCUGUACUUCCUCAGCUUCCACCAAGAUCCAAGGCUGAGAAUCUAAGCCACUUAGUACAGAACUGUCAUUCAAAGAAGUCUGUGGUCUCCUAGUACGUGUAUCAUGUUCUACUUCUUCUCCAACAUCAGCAAAAUGCUGAAUCUAUCUGGCAACUUUGCAAAAAGACUUUACCAGGUCGUCUUAAACCUUGGCAAGCUCUUCUGGUGGACAGGCCUUGCCCGGAGACCUGUAUGCUCCUUUCUAAAGGUUUCAUGUCACAACCAAAUCAGCGACUGAAUGAAAGGUUAUGGCAAAUCCCACUGACGGGCUUUAUUUGAGAGCUAAAUUGGCAAAACAAUCAAAAAUAGAACUAUUGUUUUUUUGCAGACCGAGGACAGUCCCUGUCACGUGAAGGUCUAUUGGAGUUUUUUUUUAGGACAAACGCAGUACCUUUAUUUUUUAGUUAUUUUAAGACUCUUAAGUAUAGAACCGGCCCCGGGGAUCGAACCAACGACCUCCGCUCUACAAACUAGCGCUCUUCCGACUGAACUAUUCCUGCCGGGCAGAUUGUUAGCAAAGCUGAAAACGGCAAAUACGUAGUAGAAAAUCCUUUCAGGGAUAAUUUAACUAAAAAACAUGAAAAGUGCGCCUCGCGCCCUCCAGGUAGCUCCGCUCAAUGCUCGUUAAAUCUCCGUUGCUCCUGUACAGAUGUACAAAUGAGAAUCGGAGACUGGCAUCACUACGGUUCUUUGGUCCCUCCACAUUUCCCUAUUAUUCCCAUAAGCAUUACUUGAACGUUCCCUUUUGCAAUUACACUAUACGAUCUCGACAGGGUGGGAAGAUGAGCAGAUAAAGUGAUUAAGGGAAUGAGAGCUAACUGCCAACCAGAAUUUUUGCGUGCGUGUUUCACUUUGAUUUGUUUGCUCUCUUUUUAGGCAUGUCCUCCCGGAGGCACAAGUUUUCGUGAUUUGCAGUGUGGAAUUUAUAACGAUAGAAAUAUAUUCAUCAAUGGUCACAAAGCAAAAUGGCUGUCAUAUGUUCGAGGUAUAUGAACAUUCUCGUAAUUUAUAGUGGAAAUUUGAAUUGGUUUCAGCAAAGAGUAUAAUUAAAUAAAUAGAUUUUCACAUUAUGUCAGGCUGGUUAUGUCAUAUUGGUAUUUGAAGUUGAACUCUUUUCUUAUGUACACACUUUCGUUUCACUAAAUUUGCAUUGUAUCUUGUCACGUGAGUGAGAGCGCUCUAUACAAGCUAUUAUAGUAAUGUCCAGUAGGUAACGAGGUUUUUUAAUGAACAGAGAAGACUUAAUAGCAUAACUUCUUAAGCCAAAAAAAUCCCAAAUUAAAUAUCUUACUCGCUAUUGACUUAGGUAAUCGCCGGUAACAAUUCGCAUUUUUAAAAAGCAGCUGCUUGUAUACCAUGUGCACCAUUGAAAUUCUUCAAAAUGGAAUAAUAUCGUUUUAGCUACCAGUUCGGUGUAUUUUAUUUUCAGGUGACAAUCAGUGCUUGCUGUUCUGCUACCCUCAAGGAGGACAAUUGUUUUAUUAUUUUGGAAAAGCAAAGGAUGGGACUCAGUGCUCCAAAGAACCUCGCGGCGUAUGUAUACGUGGGCGAUGUAAGGUAAAAUGAAUUUUUCGUCUAAAAAUAAAAAGAGGACUAAUAUCACAGUGAUUCGAAGUACUGUAUAUGAUACGCUAUAAUGUUGAGGAUUUUUGCAUUCAGCCCAAAACAACAAAGCCAAACAAAAGAAUAAUUAUACUCCACGAUAAAAGGGAAGCAAUAAUCGAUUUUUCCUAAAUAGAUAAAAGGGAAAAGGGAGCGAGUUUUUCAAGUUUUAGUCAGCUUCCGUACGAACCUUUUCCUAACCGAAUUCAUGUUUUAAUCGAGUUAUAGCUUUUCUUGAUGACACUGCGCCUAUAUAGUUUAAGUAAUCUGCUUUGUUGCAUAUUUUCAUGGUUAAGGCAGUGGGAUGUGACAAUGUUCUUGAGUCAGGUGUCUACCUUGACAAGUGUCGCGUAUGUGGUGGGAAUUCCACAACGUGCGAGCCAGUCAGAGGAAGAAUAGAAAGAUCGCCGAAUCAUUUUGAAAAGAUGUCAGGUGAGAGGGUCACUGCUUUGUGGGUCGAACAUUAAGAGCUAAGCAUACAGAUAUAUAUUUCCUGUUUUAUUGUAGGGUUUUGUAUUCCUCCCGCUUUUUCUUGGUAUGAGUGGGAAUUAAGGCUUUCCUUAGCUAAGAGUUCUUUUUAUUGUGUAAGAUUCACAAUUUAAUAUCUGUUGAACAGGAAAUUACUUUUUACAAUGUGUAACUAUUAACAAAAUUUUCUUAUUAGGGUAUGCAGAGGUAAUGGUCAUUCCAAAAGGGUCAACGAGUGUGUUUCUUUCAGAUGAAACCUGGAAUUAUUUAGGUACUUAUAUGAUUUUUUACCCACAUAUUUUCCUGGCUGGAAAAACCGAAACCGACAAAACACAUAUUCAAGUAAAAUGCAAGUAAAAUUAAAGCUUGGGUGCUUUCCCUAAGACCAAGAAUUAAUAAUUAGGUUUCCACUGGUGGAUAACACUUCCGAUCUGACACAGUUCUUGGUUAGGGUAGGGUGGUACCGUCUAAUGCAAAUUGCUUCUUUUACCUCUUCCAAACGGAGCACUGUCCUGACAUAGAGUACUUUGUAUAUUUGUACUAAUCUCUAUGUACAAAUACUUAAUUCAUCUAUUGAGAUCGGGGUUCCCGAAUUAAAUUUCGGAUGAGCUUAUUCUUUACUCAUCCAUCUAUAACAUUCUGAAUUUCUUCAUUUCAGCUGUGAAGAGAAACAACGGUGAUUAUGUCUUCAAUGGCGAUCGGAUAGCAAGCUGGUCUGGUUUGUACAAAAUUGGUGACGUGGAUGUUCAGUACACGAAAUUUUCAAACAAUAUCAAAGAAAACAUCCAGAUACCAGGACCCACCGAAGAAGAUAUUUAUGUAAUGGUUAGUCGCUUAUAUUUUAAUUACUAAAAAGUUAGUAAUUAUUCUUGUAAACAACCUUGGCAAAAGAGAUCGUCAACAUUAGGUCUCUACUUCGUUUAACACCAGUGCAACCGUCGGCCUUGAAUGUGCCCCAGUGAUUUUAUUUUAUUUAUUUUUUCGAAUUUGUGAAGCACGUAAGGUUCCUUAGUGGACGUUCGAGUGGUUAUUAGGUAGAUUUAGCAAAGAUCAAACAAUGUCUAAUGAGAAUGUAAAAGUUCACACAAAAGACUGAACGCAACAUCCAUUUUUUAAUUUGCCACAUUGCUAUUGGCCAAUUCGAUUUUAGAUCUACGCGCGCCGUCACAACGUCGUGAGGGAAUUCUAACUUUACCCGAAAACACGCUUUGACUAACCUACGUCUACUGAGGGUAAACAAAGUCGAAAUAUAAAUAUUUGUUUUUAUAUAUUAGGCUUCCUAACGAAUACUUUAAAAGGUUUGACAGAAUUUUUAUUUGUACUGAUUUUUACUAUUAUGCUUCGUUUUAGUGUCUGCUUAUUACGGGAAAACUUAACAUAAGCUUUGAAUACUGGAUACCGAUAAAAGAUACAAAAGUUUUACAAGGCAAGUGGAAGGAUCUAAAGAAACGCAAAUUUCUCCACUGAGGAAGUGCUUUGAAUAAUGUUAACGGGGCUGUGAAAAUUUAUAUGAGUACCUCAAUUCGCAAUGCCUAUACAAUGGUCUUUCCCUUUCUGUACAAUAAAAUUAUAUUAGUAGGUUGGAAUGAUUGCAACUUAGAAAUCUUAUGGAGUAUUGGAGACCCUGUCUUUUUGGGAGCACAAAACUCAUUUAAUCCUUCUCGAGUGCUUGAGAGUGAACAUUGGUGACAUCAAAUUUUUAAAAAUGGUAAAAGUAUGAAGGGGACAAGUUAGUUUUGGCCGAUUUUUGUUUUCCUUUUUUGUUCCAGAAGCAGCUGAAGUCAAGACAUAUCUACUCAUGCUUAGCGUGCGUAUAUCGAGUUAUGGAUGCACGCGGGAAGUUUGGAGAGCACGAAAGAUGCGUAAGAGUUGCACGAGGCGAUAGACGAGUGCAACUCUAGCAGAGUAUAAUUAAAUAAAUAUAUUUUCACAUUAUGUCAGGCUGGCCAUAUUGGUAUUUGAAGUUUAACUCUUUUCUUAUGUACACACUUUCUUUUUCACUAAAAUUGCAUUGUAUCUUGCCACGUGAGUGAGAGCGCUCUAUACAAGCCAUCAUAGUAAUGUCCAGUAUUUGACAAGGUUUUUUAAUGAACCGAGAAGACUUAAUAGCACAUGUACAACUUCUAAAGCCAAAAAAAUCCCAAAUCAAAUAUCUUACUUGCUAUUUACUUAAGUAAUCGCCGGUAACAAUUCGCAUUUUUAAAAAGCAGCUGCUUGUAUACCAUGCGCAUUGAAAUUCUUCAAAAUUGAAUGAAAUCGUUUCAGCUACCAAUUCGGUGUAAUUUAUUUUCAGGUGACAAUCAGUGCUUGCUGUUCUGCUACCCUCAAGGAGGACAAUUAUUUUAUUAUUUUGGAAAAGCAAAGGAUGGGACUCAGUGCUCCAAAGAACCUCGCGGCGUAUGUAUACGUGGGCAAUGUAAGGUAAAAUGAAUUUUUCGUCUAAAAAUAAAAAAGGACUAAUAUCACAGUGAUUCGAAGUGCUGUAUAUGAUACGCAUUCAGCCCAAAACAACAAAGCCAAACAAAAGAAUUAUUAUACUCCACAUAGUAAAAGGAAAGCUGUGAUCGAUUUUUCCCAAAUAAAUAAAAGGGAAAAGGGACCGAGUUUUUCAAGUUUUAGUCACCUUCCAUACGAACCUUUUCCUAACCGAAUUCAUGUUUAAAUCUCUUUUAUGUUCUAGUUGAUUGCCAAUUCACUUGAGUCGAUUUGUUUUGAUACUUCAUCAGGAUGUUCGAGUCAUAGCUUUUCUUGAUGACACUGCGCCCAUAUAGUUUAAGUAAUCUGCUUUUUGCAUAUUUUCAUGGUUAAGCCAGUGGGAUGUGACAAUGUUCUCGAGUCAGGUGUCUACCCUGACAAGUGUCGCGUAUGUGGUGGGAAUUCCACGACGUGCGAGCCAGUCAGAGGAAGAAUAGAAAGAUCGCCGAAUCAUUUUGAAAAGAUGUCAGGUGAGAGGGUGACUGCUUUGUGGGUCGAACAUUAAGAGCUAAGCAUACAGAUAUAUAUUUCUUGUUUUAUUGUGGGGUUUUGUAUUCCUUGCGCUUUUUCUUGGUUUGAGUGUCAAUUAAGGCUUUCCUUAGCUAAGAGUUCUUUUUAUUGUGUAAGAUUCACAAUUUAAUAUCUGUUUAACAGGAAAUUACUUUGUACAAUGUGUAACUGUUAACAAAAUUUUCUCAUUAGGGUAUGCAGAGGUAAUGGUCAUUCCAAAAGGGUCAACGAGUGUGUUUCUUUCAGACGAAACCUGGAAUUAUUUAGGUACUUAUAUGAUCUUUCCCACAUAUUUUCCUGGCUGGAAAAACCGAAACCGACAAAACACAUAGUCAAGUAAAAUGCAUGUAAAAUUAAAGCUUAUAUUAGCUUGGGUACUUCCAUUAAGACCAAGAAUUGAUAAUUAGGUUUCCACUGGUGGAUAACACUUGCGAUCUGACACAGUUCUUAGUUAGGGUAGGGUGGUACCGUCUAAUGCAAAUUGCUUCUUUUUUAUAUAUACCCCUUCGAAACCGAGCGCUCUGUCCUGACAUAUAGUACUUUGUAUAUUUAUACUAAUCUCUAUGUACAAAUACUUAAUUCGUCUGUUGAGAUCGGGGUUCCCGAAUUAAAUUUCGGAUGAGCUUAUUCUUUACUCAUCCAUCUAUAACAUUCUGAAAUUCUUCAUUUCAGCUAUUAAGAGAAAAAAUGGUGAUUAUGUCUUCAAUGGCGAUCGGAUAGCAAGUUGGUCUGGUUUGUACAAAAUUGGUGACGUGGAUGUUCAGUACACGAAAUUUUCAAACAAUAUCAAAGAAACCAUCCAGAUACCAGGACCCACCGAAGAAGAUAUUUAUGUAAUGGUUAGUCGCUCUUAACUUCUAUACAGCAUAAGUAACAUUUCUUUUUCCAUCUCAGUUGGUAUUUCUGGUAACGCAGAUUUGCCCGAAAAAGUUAGUAAUUAUUCUUGUAAACAACCUUGGCAAAACAGAUCGUCAACAUUAGGUCUCUACCUCGUUUAACACCAGUGCAACCGUCGGCCUUGAAUGUACCCCAGUGAUUUUAUUUUAUUUAUUUUUUCAAAUUUGUGAAGCACGUAAGGUUCCUUAGUGGACGUUGGAGUGUUUAUUAGGUAGAUUUAGCAAAGAUCACACAAUGUCUAAUGAGAAUGUAAAAGUUCACACAAAAGACUGAAUGCAACAUCCAUUUUUUAAUUUGCCACAUUGCUAUUGGCCAAUUCAAUUUUAGAUCUACGCGCGCCGUCACAACGUCGUGAGGGAAUUUUAACUUUACCCGAAAACACGGUUUGACUAACCCACGUCUACUGAGGGUAAACCAAAUCGAAAUAUAAAUAUUUGUUUUUAUAUAUUAGGCUUCCUAAUGAAUACUUUAAAAGCUUUGGCAGAAUUUUUCUUUGUACUGAUUUUUACUAUUAUGCUUCGUUUUAGUGUCUGCUUAUUACGGGAAAACUUAACAUAAGCUUUGAAUACUGGAUACCGAUAAAACAUACAAAAGUUUUACAAGGCAAGUGGAAGGAUCUAAAGAAACGCAAAUUUCUCCUCUGAGGAAGUGCUUUGAAUAAUGUUAACGGGGCUGUGAAAAUUUAUAUGAGUACCUCAAUUCGCAGUGCUUAUACAAUGGUCUUUCGCUUUCUGUACAAUAAAAUUAUAUUAGUAGGUUGGAAUGAUUGCAACUUAGAAAUCUUAUGGAGUAUUGGACAUUUAAUCCUUCUUGAGUGCUUGAGAGUGAACAUUGGUGACAUCAAAUUUUUAAAAAUGGUAAAAGUAUGAAGGGGACAAGUUAGUUUUGGCCGAUUUUUGUUUUCCUUUUUUGUUCCAGAAGCAGCUGAAGUCAAGACAUAUCUAAGACAUAUCUUCAGGGCAACCGCUUAGACUUACUGAUAGAGUGGGGCAGGUGGACAGCUUGUUCUGCCACAUGCGGAGGUGGAAUCAAAGUGCGGGCUCGAAAGCGCGGCAACGGAGACGUUUCGUCCUUCCUAGGUGGAGAGACAGACGUUCAGCGAUGCGGUGAUAUGCCAUGUGAUGAGAUGAUGUCUGAAUGGUCGGAAUGGGGUCCGUGGGAUGAUUGUAGUGCGUCGUGCGGAGGUGGAGCAAGGAUGAGGUUUCGUUAUUGCAAAACGCCUAACCAGUCUACUGACAGAUCUAGCUGUCUCGGUGAUAGAUACGCAGUGGAGCUCUGCAACGCACAGGAGUGCCCUACAGAAGGU